AUCUCACCAACUCAGUUCAGGUCCGAAACUCAGUGGAGCUUGCGAACAUGAAGGCGUUUGUGGUGUUGUCGAUGGCCCUGGCCAUCGCAUCCUGUGCGGCAGUCGAGCAAGAACCGUCCAAGAAGGACAAGCGAGGCCUGUGGGAGCUCGCGGAUAACCAUUACGGGUUUGAUGACUACGCGCAUCAUCACACCAAGGUGCAUCACCACACCAAGGAGAUCGUCACGAAGCACGUGGACCGACCGUAUCCGGUUGAGGUGAUCAAGCACGUUGACCGUCCUUACCCAGUAGAAGUGAUCAAGCACGUUGACCGUCCAUACCCAGUGGAGGUCGUCAAGAAGGUCCCAUAUCCAGUGGAAGUGAUCAAGAAGGUUCCUGUCCAUGUUGACCGUCCCGUCCCAUACCCAGUGGAAGUGAUCAAGCAUGUUGACCGACCAUACCCAGUGGAGGUCGUCAAGAAGGUUCCAGUUGUUGUGGAGAAGAAGGUCCAUGUUGACCGACCAUACCCCGUUGAUCGUCCUGUCCCAUACCCAGUUGAGGUUGUCAAGAAGGUCCCAGUCCAUGUCGAUCGUCCCGUCCCAUACCCUGUUGAUCGUCCAUACCCGGUUGAGGUCGUGAAGAAGGUUCACGUUGACCGUCCCGUCCCAUACCCAGUGGAGGUCGUGAAGAAGGUCCCAGUCCAUGUUGAUCGUCCGUACCCCGUGGAGGUCGUCAAGAAGGUCCCGUACCCGGUUGUCCAGAAGGAGUUCGUCGAAGUGCCCAAGCCUUACGCAGUUCAUGUCGAGAAGCCCGUCCCAGUGCUCGUCGAGAAGAACCACCAUCACCACGUCGAGAAGCACUGGGAUCAGUACUGAGUGGUCUGAGUUUGUGAGAUCGAAUGAGUAAUAAAUGUUAAGUUUUGUACAGCAAUGAACAA